AAACUUGGCACAUUCCACACACACUAUUUAGCGUGAAAGCGAAGAUAUGAAGAACAAUUCGUCCUUGAAACACUUAACGUGCUGAGAAACAAAUUUGGAAAAUCUAACAGAGAUAUUAAAAGAUGGAUAGAAAGAGCACUGCAGCCAGUUCAAUUCCCUACGACCCAGUCGCCGGGGCCGAAUUUAUGACAUGCCUGGAAAUGGAGAAAAUAUCCGAAAAACUGAAAAUCCUGGACUACGACAAAGAUUUUAUUUUGGCGUCAAAGAUUCGACCUUUGCACAAGCAUUAUUUUGCCAUAGUCUCGAACCCAGGAGAGCAGUUCUUCGUCUUCACUUCUUUAAGCGCGUGGCUGAUCCGAAAAUGCGGAGGCAAAUUCGACCAGCCCCAAGAAUUUGAUGACCCAAAUGCUUCAAUUGCGAAAAUUCUUGACUUUUUAAGAUCUAUCAACGUGGUCAUCGAUUUUCCUCCAAGCAAACUGAAGCAAGGUGUCGGCGAACAAGCCACGUUUGUUUUGAGCAAUCUUUGCGACCAAGCUAUAAAGGUUUCUCGAUUUGAAUUUAAAAAACCAUAUGUGAUUGAAGACGAUGUUGUGGAAGAGGAAGUUCACGAAGGAGAUAUCGAACUGAUUUUGGAAAAAGUCGAGUCCGAAAUGAUGGCUGAUUAUUUGAGUGACGACGAAAAUGACGAGGAGCUGAUUAAAGUAGAUGAUUUGAGCAGAAAUGUGAACAGAGGUUCUCGCACCUAUUAUAACCAAGAAAACGUUGCAAAGCCGAAUUUAUCUGUGGAAAGUUGGAAGCUGGAGUUGGAGCGUGUCCUUCCUCAACUAAAAGUGGUUGUUAAAACAGAUUCACGCGAGUGGAGAUCACACUUGGAGCAGAUGAAACAGUUCAAAAACACAAUUUCUGGCGCCUCGUCUGGCAUACAAGGGCAGCUGGAAUCGUUUCACAAGCACGUCGGUCAGAGCAUGGAGAAAAUCAACACACGAGAAAAGUUUCUCAAUACCCAACUGGAGCCGCAUUUGGCCGAGUGCAGAAAAGCAAUGAACGCGCUUGAAACGAUGAAGAGCAAAUUUAAAAUACAGAACGAAGGGGUGUCUGAAAAGACGAGGAUACUUAACAAGUUGUCUGAGGAUUUGGACGGACUGAAAAACCAAAUGCAGGAGCGCGGUGCAAGCAUGACAGACGGAACACCGUUGGUGACUCUGAAGAAGAACUUGGCCAAGAUGAAAUCGGAAAUGAUGCUGAUGGACAUCGCGAUCGCCGAGUACGACAACAACAUCAUCGGCAACAAGCUGCGCGACAAGGCUCUGAUGCUGCAAGUGGAGUUCGGCGCCGAUCAGACGCAGCAAACGCGGCUCAUCUGAACAAUGAAGGCGAAUUGUCAUGUUUAUCGCACGCUUCGAGUGAAUAAGUAAAAAGCAAAAAACAAGACCAGUAGUCGUCAAGACGUGGCCGCGAGUGUCAGGUUGCACCUGUGCGCGCAAAUGGUUCAAUAAAAGUAAUUGCCGGAGAGGGUGCACUUCUGCUUCCGCGCCCAGGGAUUGCCGAGUUACUACACUCUCUGGUGAAUCGCAGAUGGGACCUCCCACAGUCCCCCGAGGCUGCCGAGCGGAAAAUCGAUCUCUCCGCCCCGGAAAAUGUAUGAAUUGGUAAAAUGCAAGUCUCCACACACUUCUUCGGCAAAUUUAGUAUCGACUAUCGGUUCCUCGGAGGGCUAUUUCUUACAGAUUUUCACCAGAACAGAUUAUUAAUGCAAGGAAAGCCAGUUUCUUCUACUUGAUUUAAAAUAAAUUUAUUGACAUAGUCGAAAAUGUAACAAAAUGAAUAAAAUAAUUGUAUACAAAUAAUUUAAAAAAAUAUAUAUUGAGCCGUUUUAAAAUCACUAUAUUUAUAGUGUCAUGUUUAUGGUUUAAAUUUUCUAUCCAUUUAAAACAAAAACAAUACUUUUAGACGAUUUUACUCGUAUAUUUCAUACAAUUAUCAUAUUUUCACGAAUUUGAUAAAUUAGGUAAGAGAGGCGACUCAAUUAAAUUUAGAUUGGUAUCCUGACAGAUUUCGUCGGCUCUACGCGGACUAAUUCUGGUUGGAAUAGCUUAAAUAUUAAUUUUUCCUUUCCAAAAUUCACAAAAGCUAUCUAUCCUGAGCCAAAGGAAUUCGUUAAUUUAAAAUGACGACUGAAAUUAUUGAUUUAAUUUAUAAAUUGACAGUAAAAUUAAUCUAUUCUAAACAAAUUCAUCAUCACUCCUAUCCGCCUAAUGUAAAAUUGGGAAUGGGCUAAAAUUUUCCCAGUUUGCAAUUUAAAUUUCUGAGAAAAUCGGCAUAAAAGUUUGCAAGCUAAGCUAAAAGUUUUAGAGCGCCGUCACGUUAUUUAAAAAUUAUGAUUUAUCUAGACAGGAGAAAAAUUUGGGUCUUAUCAUAAUUUCUACAUAGUUAAAUAAAUUGCAACGAGAGGAAUCAAAAUUAAGCCCAAAAAAUACAAAUUUAACCGUUUAAUUAUUCCAGAAAUCGGGGAAAUUUUGAAACUCAACUGUUCCUGAUAUAAUUAUUGCACAUUGUUGCGAGAAAAAGUAUUCCUAAAUCCACAAAAAAAUCAGACCAGUUGUUAGACUAAAAAUAUAUAAAGUGUUUCUCCUGUCAAUAUUAGAAUGAGAUAUAUUUUAGAUGCAGAAUGUAUUUCAUGUAAAAUACACGACAUUCAAAUCCGAGACGGUUCAGGUUUCACCCGUAAUUUAUGC